AUGGUUCCGCUGACCUUCUGGCAACGGAUAUCCCGCACCUACUUGACCGGCAUCCUAGGCGUUCUGCCCCUAGCGCUCACGCUGGCGGUGUUGGCCUGGCUUGUUGUGUUUCUUCACAAUCUUGUCGGCCCUUCCAGCAGCUUCGGCAAGCUGCUUCGCUCGGCAGGCAUGACGGUCUCGGCGUGCGAAGCCACCGCCUAUGUCAUCGGGCUGGUGGGCGUGGUGCUGAUGAUCUACCUCGUGGGUAUCUUGGUCGAACGCGGCCCCGGCCGGAGUCUGCGCGUCGUCAUGGACAGCGCGCUGGGUCGGGUCCCGGUCGUCAACACCGUCUACGAUGCGUCGAAGAAUCUCACCAGCAUGUUCGAUCGCAAGCAAGAUUCGAUCGAGGGGAUGGCGCCCGUCAUCUGUUACUUCGGCGACGACCUCUCGGCAGGCAUCCCCGCUCUCAUGCCCACCGCCAAGCUCAUCCACAUGAACGGCGUGGACUACCGGGUGGUGAUCGUUCCCACGGCGCCCGUCCCCUUCGGUGGCGCCCUCUUGUGCGUUAAGGCCGAGUGGGUCAAACCGGCCGGACUCCCAGCAAUGUCCAGCCCAACCAUCGAGUCGGUGGCCGCUUCCUUUCGACGGCUCGGUUGGACCGGGGUCUUCGUUCAGUUGGCGCUGGCCAUCGUGCCGCUGGCGACGCUGGGCUACUUCUUGUUUGGCAGAGCGACCGGCGUCCGCAGCGAUCCCAGCGUUACCGACGUGCUCGCGAUCGGCGGGCUGGCGAUCCUGCUGUUCACCACCUUUUGGUCGUACCGCUACGCGUCGCUGGGCGCACGUAUGGCUGAUCCCGCGCGGCGUCCCCCCUACAAGAAGUUGGCGCGCGUGCUAUGGGUCGGGCUGUGGGCCGGCGUGCUCGGGAUUGUUGCUUCGAUGCUGCUGCUCAUCGUCGGGGCCGCGCGUCUGCUCUACUUGUUCAUGAAGGCGCCCCAAGGGGGCGUGCCGGUUAUCCAGACCUCCGCCGAGAAUCGCAGCUACUGGGUGUCGUCGAUGGACAUCGUCAGCCAGCUGGCGGAACUCUGCAUGCUGGCCGGCGAGCUACUGGUCGUCGGCAUGACGCUCUGGCUGCUAUACCGCUUGUCAAAGACGGCUAGCCUUUGCAACGGAGGCAAUGCCCCUCCCGAGAGCGAAAUAGCAGCGGACACGACUUGA